AUGGCCGUAGCGCCGAGCAUCACCACCACCGGCCGCCUCUGCCUCCCUUCGGACCUCCUCCGCCCCCGCAUCCUCCUCUCCUCCCCGGAGCUGGCCGACCCCCUGGACGAACGCGAAGCGCCGCCCCGCACCCGCCGGUGGCCUCGGUCGGGCGGGAGACGACCGAAGACGCCCAGGCCCCUCGCCGGCGUCGCCCUCCCCUGCUCCUCCUCUGUCUCGAUCGGGACAGAGGGAGGAGGAAGAAGACGAGUCCAAAACCCUAAAAAAAUCCUCGCCGCCACCGGACGUGUCCGGUCGCCGCCGGACGGAUCCCGCCGCCGCCCGCAGCCACUCUGCGCCUACCACGUGGCGCCCGCGCCGCCCGCGGCCCGCCGGGCCCAUACGCCGCCCCCGCGGCCCGCGCGCGCCACCCUGUCGCGCGCCUCGCCUCCACCCUCCUGCGCCGGCGCCGCCGUGCCCCGCCGCCGCCGCCUUGCCGCCGUGCUCCGCCAGCCCCGCCGCUCGCCGCCGUCUGCCCGCAACGCCGCCUCGGUGCCCCGUCGCCGCCUCCCCGACCCCGGCGCCCGAGCCCCGGCCUCCUCUCCGUCCCCUCCGGCCGGCCUCCUCCACCUCCUCCCGUCGCAACUCCGGCCGCCGGCAGCAACUCCGGCGAGAGCCACGACGAACCCUAGCUCCGGCCGCCCGAUCUGGAUCCAGUCAACGCCGCUAGGUUGA